CCCUUAGCCCAAUUUAAUUAUUGAGUGCAUAUCCAACAACUCUGCUCCCUCUCUCGUCUUUGUCAUCUCAAACCCUAGAUCAGGGUUUAAAGAAUUUUUUCCUUUUUUUUUUCAAAAAAAAUUUCAACUAAAAUUCCCCUCUUGAUCUUCUUCGAUUAUUAUCUUUUGAUUGUGGCUUAAAAUUACGGAAAAAUGGCAGCCCAAGCAGCAGCAACCACUUUCAAUGGGAACUUAAAGAAAGCACUUGCUGGUCUGAGGCGAAUUAAUCUGGAAGGUCUAAGAUGGAGAGUUUUCGAUGCUAAAGGCCAGGUUCUCGGAAGAUUAGCAUCUCAAAUUUCUACUGUUAUCCAAGGAAAGGACAAGCCUACUUACGCUCCUAAUCGUGAUGAUGGGGAUAUGUGCAUUGUGAUCAAUGCCAAGGAUGUAUGUGUUACAGGGAGAAAACUUACAGACAAGGUUUAUUACUGGCAUACAGGCUAUGUCGGCCACCUCAAAGAAAGAAGUUUAAAGGACCAGAUGGCAAAGGAUCCUACAGAAGUCAUACGUAAAGCUGUUCUGCGUAUGCUUCCUAGAAACAAACUGCGUGAUGAUAGAGAUCGAAAAUUGAGGAUAUUUGCUGAUAGUGAACACCCCUUUGGUGAUAGGCCCCUUGAACCAUACAUGAUGCCUCCCCGAAAAGUGCGAGAAAUGAGGCCUCGUGUAAGAAGAGCUUUGAUUCGAGCUCAAAAGAAGGCAGAGGAGCAAGAACAAGGUGGUAGCCAAAGAAAAGGCAGAAAGAGGGAAGCCAAAACAGAAGUGGCAGCAUGAAAAGUGAUUUGUGUCCAGUAUGGAAGAACCGCAAGUGUGGGUGUAGAUCACUUUCAUUAGAAUAAUAGUGUCUUUCUCACAGUUUAGCAAAGUUUCUUUGUAGCUCAAACAUAGCAUUUACUGUUCUGCUUUUUGAGGUACUAAUAGUUAGGUGCAGCAAAAGACGUGGCUUUUGCCUGCAUUUGUUGGCUGCAGCCCUCUGGUUCCCGAAAGUCUGAACUCCUUUAAACAUAAAUUAAACUAGUUCUUUGUUUAGUACUAUUCGCCUAGCCUAUAAUUUGAAGACAAUAUCACACUUCAGUUUCUAUUUGAUUUGAAAUCCACUCCAA